CGAUAGCCAGCGUUACGUCAUGCGCGCGCGACCAAGCGAGCUCUCUUAUUAACGACACACGAACGGACGAAAUCCUCGAAUAUACUCGUGGCUGUGUCUCUCACAGCAGCAGCAGCAGCAGCAGCACAUCAAUUGAGCAUCUCCAAUCGUACGCCGAUCGUCGCCUGCACCAGAAAACGCCUAUAUUAUAUUGUGUAGCACUCGGCGCCUUGUAAUUACGAUAUAUAAUACGAUAUACACACAUAGCACGCGCGUAUACCGGAUAUCGGAGCUACGGAUAUAUACCGCUUCUGCUGUCCAUUAGAGCUUGUUAUUCACCUUUCUCUAUUUCUCUCCGUUCUCGUUUUGAAACCUCGAGAGCCGCUUUAGAUGCUAUAGUACGUCCGUUCGUAUCGAGGAUUCUUUUUUAAUCAGAUCCAAGCCGAUCUCUGUGCCUCGGUUAUAGCGAUUAACCUCGAGACAACUGAUUUGGUUGAAUAAUCCAAGAAGCACUAGAUUUCACUAACAGAAGGAGUUCAGGCCUUCAAAGGACACUUUAUUAUCUCUAGAGAGUCACUGUAAAAGUCGUCAAAAUUCCGGUCCCUACUAGGAAACCAGAAAGCCCCCAACAGACAGGCGGCAGGAAUCCACCUUUUGGUGACGACACCUUCUACGACAACAGAAUGAACAAUAAAAGAAAGAACCGUUCCAAUCCACCAAGUGAUAUGAAUACUCACAAAUUCAGAUCCCCGCGGGCCCGGGGUCCUCAAGAGCGCAAUGUAACUACUGAUGGGGUAUACAAUAAUGCCCAUUUUAUGCAUAUUAUUACAAGCAAUGUUGGAAAUCUUGUUCAGAUUCAAACUCAAAAUGGAUCUAUGUAUGAGGGAGUUUUCAGAACUUUUUCUAGUCAAUUUGAAGUUGUUUUAGAAAUGGCUCAUAAAAUAGAUAAUACAGGCAAAAUGGCUGUAGACAGCGUUGUAGAAAAGUUAAUUUUUAAACCAAAUGAUAUUAUCACAAUUUCUGCGCAUAAUGUUGAUCUAGAAUAUGCUACAAGAGACACAUUCCAAACAGACACAGCUAUUAGUAAAUUCAAUGGUGUAGUAAAAGAGAGAGAACUCGAACCUUGGGAUGAAGUAAGUUCAUCAAAUGGAGCAAAUUUAGAACUGGAUCGUAGUGCUAAUGGUUGGGAUGUCAAUGAAAUGUUCCGAAAAAAUGAGCAAACUUUUGGUAUUCAAACUACAUUUGAGCCAAAUUUGAGCCAGUACACAGUUACUUUGCAGCGCAAAGACACAAAAGACUGGAAAGAACAAGAAAAGAAAGCAGCUGAAAUUGCAAGUGAAAUUGAAUCACAACCUGAUCACAGAGCUCGAUUAGAAUUAGAAAACGGCGAUGAAGAAGAACGAUUCGCUGCAGUUUCUCGACCCGGUAACAGCGAAGGCAAAUAUGUCCCACCAGCAAGAAGGAAAAAUGGGAAUGCUGGCAAGCUAAUGAGAACUACCCCGCCACCACAGUCCCCUAGUUCAGCUUCUGGUAAAAGUUUUAAUCAGGGACCGCCACCGUCAUCUGCUUCGGCUCCUAACACUACUACUCAGACGAGCAACAUUCCAACUAGCAGCAUACAGACACAUCCUCCAGUAACACAACAACACAAUGUUCCAAUGACCAUAGGUGGAAUGCCAAGUGGUGUACCUAGCGUUGUGGUUUCUUAUAAUCCACCACCUUUUGUUCCGCCUCCAAGCUCACAGCCUUCUCCAACAAGUGUCUCUGCUAUGUCACAAGGACAGCCACCAUCUCAAGUAGCAUCAAAUAUACCUCAAGCACCAUUCUCUGGUGCGCAGCCUUCUCAGGCUCCAAUGGUUAAAAUGGGUCUAGAAAAACGUGAACGCCCAGGAAGGCAACAAGGCUAUCAAUCUGACAAAGCUCCCCCUGCUCCAUUCCCAGGAGCACAUGCCGGCCCCCCUCAUUCCCAACCCUCUCCACAUGCUCCAAUGCAACCUGCCACACAACAACCUCAGCCAGCUCCAACUACCACCACACAUUCAGUGACUCAACCACAACAGUCUCAGCAACACGUGACUGACGGAGCAUCUACACAACAAAUGAUGUCUCAUCCAAAAGAGCCACAGCUAUCCCAUAGAAAACCUAAUGCAUCGAGAAAUCGUGAUGAUCAACAUGCUGAAUUAAGACAGUUUGCCCAAGACUUCAAAUUAGGCGAGUCUCAAUCCAAUCAAGAGCCACAACAAGCUCCUCCAAACCAUAGUAGGAAGCAACAUCCUCAAGAAGCGCAUAUUUCACAAGGCCCACCGAUGGGCCCUGCUCAUCAUCCAUCAGCACAUUCACAUAAUUCUCCCCCACAAGUGGUACAGCAAUCACCUCCACCACAACCGCCACAACAAUCACAACAGCAGCAGCAACAACAAUCUCACCAACAACCACAGCCUCUUCGACAACAGUCACCACCGCAUCAGGUUCCUGUUCAAGAAGAGUUGGUUGUUCCGAAUAAAGCACCAUCGACUCCGGCGCCUACGCAGCCUGUAAGUCCUCCUCAACCACAGCAACAAAUGCAACAACCGUCACAACAGAUACAGGCGUCACCGCCUAGCUCUCAAGCUACUCAAAAUCAACCACCACCCCAGGUUGCAGUGCCUGUUUCUAAAUCACCUGCAGACCAAUCAAGUGUUGAUCAAGUGGCAAAUUCCCUCAAAAAAUCCACACUCAAUCCAAAUGCUAAGGAGUUUAACCCUAAUGCCAAACCGUUUACACCCCGAUCGCCGAGUACUCCAAAUCCAAGCAGGCCACACACUCCUCAAACGCCCCAGUAUGUGUCUGCUACAAUGGCUUCUGCAGUUACAGUUAUGCCAACUUUCAUUAUGCAAAGUCAACCCCCUACAGCAUUCACACAGCAACCUGCUCAACAGGUCACGAGGUACCGAAACAAACAAAUAUUCGUGCCUAUGAUGCCGCACCGAGCUCCAGAUGUAGCAUCACAAAUGCAAGUGGCAGCAGCUACGGGUCAACCGCUGCUGGCUCCUGCACCACUGCAUCCACCAUUCCAAAUACCAUACUCGGGUCAACCAACUUAUGGAGCCCAGAUGGUUAGAAUGGUGCCAGGCCCUCCACACGCGCAUCCAGGGCCUCACUUGACUGCCACCCCUUAUCAUCAUCCUCAAGAAUCCCCCGGACCACAAACACAGAGUAUUCACUACAUGAGUCCUCAUCAUCCACAUGCGCAUGUAGGUCAGCAGCAGCAAAGCCAAACACCUACACAAGCAAAUCCUAAUCAACCGCAUUCGCAAUCUUACAAUCAACCCGGCGGCACGCCGCAGCCAACGUAUGCGCAGGCCCCUCCACAAGGACAUGGAGCUCCUGCGGGCUAUCCGAUUAUGUGCCCCAUAAUGCCUCCUCAUAUGAGCAUACCACCACAACACGUUCAAUACAUACCGUCUCCCCAGCCACCACCUGGACAGCAGAACCUCCCCGUCAUAAUGCCUCAUAAUCAGUAGUCCCACGCCCGUUUGGGCAGACAGCAACAGCAUCUUCGAGACAGUCGUCGACAAGGAUACUCUUAGUAGAAUUUUCGAACGACACUCAUGAAACUAACUAGCUCCUUCUGAGAGCUUAAUCGUUGAUGCGAUGAACUCAUAAAUGCUUGAUGCCUAAAAAGUGUGACCAUUGUCAACUUACAUAUUUAGAAAAUACCCUAUAUUAGGAUCCGCAUUAAAUCAGGCCGGUAACAUUUUUCACUUAUACUUUCUAUAAUUGCGUCUUAUUCUAACUGUUUAGAGCUUCUUUAUCGAUAGCAAUUGGUAACAUCAAUUCUUCCUCAUUGUUAAUUCAACCGUUUGCUUCUUGGGCGCAAAAUUUAAAAAGUCGGUGAAGCUUAAAAAGCUUGAAAUAAUCACAUUUGCGACUUUACUGUGGAAAGAUUAAACAUAAAGUGAUCGUUAAAAUGUUGCUGUGUUCCAAACAAGGGUGAUCAAGACUCUUCAGAGUGACUUUUUAUUGUGACUAGGAAAUAAACAAUUGAUAAACUAAUUCAACUCCGCAGUUUGUAAAACUGCAUCGUAUGAAGUUGAUAUUGAGAAAUCAAUUUUUCUCGUUUCCUUCGCAUUUUAUUCUGCAAAUAUAUAUGGGUAAAAAAGCAGAAUAAUAUCAAAAUAGGCAAUGUAUGAAGAUGAUUGAUAUGAAACACAUGCGAGCCUUGUUCUCGAUUUAAGGAGUAACUGCAUAUGCCAAAGUGAAGAAAAAGUUCAAGGCGCUCAGAACCGCGAGGAUAAACUGUAAGCUUGACGAUUUUAAACGAAGUUUAAACGAGUUGAUUCAAAUGCCUUUUAGAAAACAAUAUAGAAUGUAAAAUUUCAAAAAAGUCGUUUUUCCAAGAAGUUUGGGGGUACGAAGAAAAUUGAAAAGUACUAUUUGUUUUAAUGUUAACGACAUUGACUAGACGGAAUUCAAGGCAUGCAUGCUUUAUUCUUCAAAGCAAAGAACAUUAACGUAAGCAAAUGAACAUUCACGCAUCGAAAUAAAUGCGAUUACCAAGAUGUUAAUGUAAGCGUAUAUUGCGUUAGAGCAACGGGAACGAUUGCUCUGCGAUUGUUAUAAAUAAUUUUUUGUUGCGAAAAAUACAAAUGCAAAUACAAAUGCAAGUGGUAACGAAGGACUAUUGAUGGCGGAUUUUUCUAUCAAACGUAAAAAAUAGUAAAAUAUACGAACGAUGAUGAUAUCGCUAUUUCAAGUUAUUCGCAGAAUGACACCAUUGAGGAUACGAAGCUUGCGCGCAGCGAUAGUAUCAAAUCUGUAACUAUGUUAUUCUACGAAGUUGAAUGUCAAUAUAAAUGCUUGGAAUGAGUGAUGCUUUUAUAUAUCGCGCGUAAAAAAAAAAUUUAUGAAGGAAAGUGAGUUUUUCCUUAGAUACAGAGGAUUUCGAUUCUGAAUUUUUAUAAAUGAUUAAAACUAACAUAAAUAAAUAAAUAUAUAAAUAUAUAUAUAAUAUAUACAUCCGAAAAUAUUUGUUUAUUAAGUUCGUGAAUGAAAAAAAAAUUCAUUCAUUUUUCUCUUAAACCAUGCUAAAAUGAUUGAUCGAAAUGUAUUCAUAGAAAAUUUCCGGUUAUUCUUUCACUUUUUAUGUUAUCACGAAUUUUGUUAAAAAUUGAUAUUUACAAUAAUUUGGGUAUAACCUAUUGUUUCAUAAAAAAUUCAAAAAUUGUUCUUGUAUGAGUGCAAUUACCAAAACUAUGUGAAAUAUGUGGAUGAAGAAAUCAAUCUUGUACGGCCUUACACCUAGUCGUGUGUAUAGAAUAAGUGAGGGAAUGAAGAUUUGAUAAGUCACAGCAUGGUACUGUUCAACUGAAAUUUUUUUAUCAUCAAACAAAAGAAAAUUUAAAAAACCAUCAAAUAAAUUCACUAAGAACCAAA